GAGAGCCCCUGUGGGCUGAAGGGGUCCGAGAACCGUCGCGGGUGUGCCCAAAAGCUGCAAGUUUGGAGCUGGGUCUGAAAACGGAGAAUAACAAUGAGAAGACUCUGUUAGCUCUGCCUCUUUCGGUGUAACCGGGAGCUAAGGCUCCUAUUCUGGCUGCUGCUCAAGGGCAGGAUCAAAACGCGCUGAUGUUUACCUGCUUAAAUCUGCUGCUGUUUUGAUAGUGUUUAUGUUUCCAGCAUGUACAUACCUUGUGACGGUUUAUUUUCCUCGAAGGCGACAACUCGUGAGCCAGCUCGGAUAUGCCGAACUGCUGGAAAAACAGCCAGCGGCUUCUUUAGCGGGUGCAGAGCAUGGAGAAUGAUGAACUUCCGCCAGAGGAUGGGCUGGAUUGGCGUGGGGCUGUACUUGUUAGCGAGUGCUGCAGCUUUUUAUUAUGUGUUUGAAAUCAAUGAGACUUACAACAAACUGGCACUGGAGCACAUUCAGCAACACCCCAAGGAACCACAGGAAGGAACCACAUGGACACACUCCUUAAAAGUACGACUGCUAUCCCUGCCCUUCUGGCUGUGGACAAUAAUAUUUUUAAUACCAUACUUACAGAUGUUCCUGUUCCUCUAUUCCUGUACGAGAGCUGAUCCCAAAACUGUUGGGUAUUGCAUCAUUCCUAUCUGCUUGGCUGUUAUCUGCAAUCGGCACCAAACAUUUGUCAAGGCCUCUAAUCAGAUCAGUAGAUUACAACUAAUUGACACUUAGCUCAACUGCUAGUUUCUGUUGCUGGUUGGAAGCAAUUGCAUUUGCUUGAUCUAAUCACAAGACUGAAGUUCUGGGUGAAGGCCGGAAGGGGCCUUUUCUUUCAAACUGAUAAGCAAUGAAGAGAAUGACUGUUUUCUAUUUAAAACAAACAAGUAAUUACAAAGGUUUUUAAUUAUGGAUCUAUCCAGUGGCCAGAGUGGGAGAGAUCUGUGUGACACGUGAUGGAAGUAUUCCUCAUUUUGCCUUAAUGAUGCAAAAUUGCAACUCUCCAUCUGAAAUGUCCUGUGGGGAAACAAGUUUCUGGUCCACAACUUUACUCCUCUGUGCAAAAAAGUGAUUUCCUAUGUUUUCCCUUGGAGUGAAAUCAAUGAAAAGAUACUUCUUUUGUGGUAAAUGUAAAAGGAAAAAAGCAAUUAAGAACGUGAUUAUAAAAGCUGCACUUAACGCAAUUCUUUGCUUUUUCUUUUUUUUUUAUUAUCUACAUCAGUGCUGUUUUAAAGGAAUUUUUAAAAAAUAAGUUUAGAUACAAAAACAGGAAGCAAAGAAUAAAGUUUGUGCAAACCUUUAAAGGGAAAAA